GGUAGUCCAAAUUUCAAUAUGGACUUGCAUCGAGAGCUGGUUUUUUCAAGCGAUUUGAACUGUGAACUUUCGUGAUCCUGCUUUUGGUAAGUUGUAUGUGUUUGGUGGGUUCACGUUGAUCAGUGGUGAGGAUGCAGCAAGCGUUUACAGUUGUGGGACGCGCUGGCAGUGCAUGGAGUUUCUCCCGGUUGCCACCACCAUGCACGAAUUUGCAGAAAAUUGUUCCGAUAUCUAUUGGAGGUUUUGGGUGCUCUGGAGGAGCCGGGAGGACCGGGAGGCUGACAGAGACUAGAGAAGCGCCCUACUCGUGGGUUCCGAUCCGUGCUGCAAGCCAAGAAGGUUCCUCUUCCGAGAUGACAUUGGAGCAGAAGAAGUGUAUCCCUUGUGAGACUGGCAAGCUCCAGCCCCUGUCUGAAGAGAAAGCCCAGUCGAUGCUUCCUCAGGUUCCAGGCUGGGAUCUCAAGGAAAUUGAUGGGAUACCGCAAUUAUGUAGAAACUGGAAUGCCAAGAGUUUUGUGAAAGGACUUGAGAUCAUGAAGAGGGUUGCGGGUGUUGCCGAAGCAGAAGGACAUCAUCCAGACCUGCACUUAGUGAAUUGGAAUCAGUUGAGCAUCAAUAUGUCCACUCAUGCAGUCGGUGGGCUGACGGAGAAUGACUUCAUUGUUGCAGCAAAGAUUGGGGCUCUAGAUCUUACAGAUCUUGUACGUAAACCAAAAGCAGCUCCUAAGUAACCUCUGGAAUCAUCUUUUCUGGUCAGGAGCAAAUAGUUUGGAUAGGUGAUGCGAUAAUGUACGUUUUGAAACUCGAACAUAUCAAGCCUACGUGGGCUUAUUAAGACUGAUAUGCAGUAAGACCCAGUUCCUGCAUGGUACUUGGUGUCUGCGUUUGGUUCGUUUUUCGGCAUCCAAUUGAAGACAUUGUGUGAGCAGGUGUCAGAGAUAAUGCAAAUCGAGCUUCUACGCUUCGAAUUCUGAGGUUUAUAACGAA